GUAGUCUGUAGAGUUUAGAUUGUGUAGACACAGUGGAGGAAGGGAUUCGGCCCCACUGCUGACUGCACUGCUCAUGGAGAACUUGCCUUCGUCUCUGCUCGUCGACAUCCUGAGCCGUCUCGACGAUUCCGGGCAUCUGGCACGCUGCAGGCUAGUUUCGAGAAACUUCUGCGCCGCUGCUCGUGAAGUCCAAUCGGUGAAAUUCUUCUGCUCUUUGUCCCGCUAUCUGAAAUCGCGGUCGCCGGAGACCAGAGAUCGAAUUACGCCUUUCAAGGCCGUGCUCGGCGACCUGUUCCGCGGUUCUCGCGUCCCCAUAGAGUCCGUUUCGAUUGGCGUGGAAAAGUCCCUCGCCGGGAUAUCGUACGACGACGUAGAGGACGAGUCGGACGAUUUGCACCUGACCGACGCGAGGUUCGUGGAGGAGUGGUUGCCUAGGGUUUCUGGAGAGCUGAGGUCGCUUUCGAUUUCGGAUUUUUGGAUUCAAUCUUGCUGGAGAAAAUCGGAGAUUCUGAAGCUCAUUUCUUCUUGCUGCCACGCUCUUCUGGAGUUAGAGGUGAAGAACGCGUGGCUAUCCGUAGACGGUUUAAAUUCAAUGCCUAUGCUCAGUGUUUUGACCCUCGAGUUCGUGAGGUUAGAUGAUGAAGAUCUAAACAAGGUCAACGAUUGCUUCCCAUGUCUUCAAGUUCUGAAUUUGAUAGGAGUUGGAGGACUUAAAGAACCCAAAAUUUGUCUUCCUCGGCUGAAGACUUGUCAAUGGACGGUAUCAAAUGCUCCAUUUUCUUUGACCAUACUUGCGCCCAGCCUUUUGAAACUCGAGCUGAGAUGCAUUAGACCCAGAUCCCUAGUUAUCAAAGCUCCAAUGUUGGCAGAUUGUCGUAUUUAUAUUGUGGAAGUGAAUGAGCUCCAAGUGAACCACUUCCUGCAUCUGGAAAGCCUUCAGCUUGAUUCGGGAAACAUUUGCUCUCUCCUUCAUUCAUUUGCUUCUGCCACUGCAAUAAAUGAGGUAAAGUUAAAUUCUUCCAGAUCCAAUGAGACUGAUGAUACACUCUGCUUGGAAUCGGCAUUCGAAGUCUUCCCAAAUGUGAGCUCCCUAACUCUGCAGUCUGGGGCUUGGUCCGAGAUGGUGACAUGCUUUCUCUCCAAUGGCCUGAAGACUCGGUCCCCUAUGAAAGACUUGAAAGUAAUUACUGUUCAGUUUGUGAAGCAGAAUCUUGAUGCUAGUUUACAGUUUAUUUCGUGUAUCCUGAACUGUUGCAACAGCUUGUUGAGAAUUGGGUUACUCAUCCACUCUGAUGCUGAUCAUGGAGCGUUCUUUAGUCUCGUCUCUAAGUGGGCAAGCAAACACCCGAGAGUUAAAUGGAAAUGUGGGACAUGGAAAGAAGGUGCAGAGGACAUCUGGGUUUCAGACUGCUACUGAUGUGAUCAACAUGAUAAACCAGUUGAACAAGGUUCUGAGAGUCAGAGUUAUGUGUAUUACAGAAGCGAAUAAUGUUGUGUUGUUUUCUCAAGCUGACAGAGUGAAGCUGCAGAGGUGGCGGUUAUUUGGCUGGGAGAAUAAAAUGUGUCUGCUGUAGUAGUAAGUACUAAGUAGAAGUAGCACAGGUUGAAGAACACUAGGUCUUGGUCUUUUAUACGGUGUAAAAUUCAUCGUUACGAGUUGAUCCUCCCUCUGUUAUGUCAUAAGAUAAGAGGAUAAGGGUGCGGUAGUCUUGUAGUGUUGUACUUAAAGCAGUUAAUCCUUGUAAAUUAGUAUACAUAAUGUUCGCAGGUGGGAUUAUAUAAUGGAAAGUUCUGGACC